GGUCUGUUCCCAUAUGACAGAAGACACACAAGAUAUGAUUUAUAUGCAUUUGGCCCCCACCAGCGGGGCCUCUGCUCUGAGGGACGGAGUGAGGAGAGGUUGUCUGGGUUUCAUCUCUGUCUCCUCCUACAGGAAGAUGCUCGACAGAGUCCUGCUGCUCAUCAUCCUCCUGCCCUGUGUCUGUGGAUCGCUGAUCGUGUCACAGAGCUUCUAUCAGGCGGAGGAGAACGACAACAUCACUCUGGAGUGGAACUUCACCACCACAACGAACAGCUCGCCCAGUCUGCUUUUUGUCUCCUGCGACCUGAUAGCCGAUCAGGAGCUCUCAGUCCUGUAUCGUGUGCAGGAUGGCGUCGAGGUCUCAGAGCUUCAGGAUAAACGGUUUGCGGGACGAGUCUGGAGCGACAGCGAUGCCCUCACAGAAGGACGAAUCGCGCUUCAGCUGUCCGGCCUGACGACUCACGACUCAGGUCUGUAUGUGUGCAAAGUGAGCACGGAUCACGGCUACGGCUCUGACAGCUGCCGGCUCAACGUCACCGCAGCAGGGGACCUGACCGAACCUGAGACGUCACACGCAGGACUGGUCGGCAUCUUCGUGGGAAUAGCUUUGAUGGGAACGACGGUGCUGGUUCUGUUCUGCUAUCUGUUCAUUCGCUCUCUGCUUAAAGAGCAGGAUUACGACUCAGAGUCCAGUUAUGAAGCUGAGAAAACUUUCAGUGCGUCAGACGAUUCACUUUAAAAUGAGUCCGUUUGUUUUCUCGGUGCAGGGAGGAUGUGUGCACGGGCGUGCUUAUGGCUGCCCCGGCGUCAGGAGCCAUUUCCCAAGACGAGCCUCACCCCUCAUUAGCUCGUGAAGGCUGCCAUUGGUCAGAAAAUAAAGCCAAACAGAUAAAAACUAUUUUGGAGCAAACUUAUUCAGCUGUGAUGCAAACCUGAUGCAGAGGAGAAAGGAAAGGGAAACAUUUUAGGAAACUUCACAUUAAGUUUACAGUCACAAAUUAUGAUUAAGGCUGAUCCUGAUGCUUCCUCACUUAGUUUGGUGGAUCCACACCUCCUCACCCAGUCCCCCCAUUUAUCAGGGUUUGGUACCAGCACUACCAGUACACUGGUCUGUGUCUCCUUCAUGUGGAAGGUGAAUCUGCAGCUGGUCCAUAACGCUAUAGAAAGAAGGUUAUUGAUAAAGCAAAACUAAGUAAGAGUCGUAGUUUGUAGAUGGUCUUUCUCACUCGUCUCACAACAGAAUGCAUGAAAAUAGCAGCAACUUCAAUGAAGACAGCAAAAAGAGUGAAAACGUACAGCUCAGUCUAUAUAAGAAAAGCUGUUUAUAAACAGGCACAAAUAGAACAUGUGAAACAGGUUUAGUGGAAAAAGAUUAGCAGAGGCAGAAAUGGACACACACACGCAUGAAUGGUUAACAGUAGCAAUGUCAGCCGUCAUUUAUUUUGCUGGAAUAACUCAAACAGGUCAGUCGCAGUGUGCUCAUUUCACCUGCAGAUGGCAGUGCUUACAUUACAUGUGGAGCUCAUAACGUGACUCAUUUUCAUAACCUUUAAUAGCUUCUCAGCCAGGGCUCCCUUUAAUAUGACAUUUACAUUUCAUGAAACUAAAAAGAAACAAUGAAUAAAAAAGACAGUUAUUGUUAUUUUUAACCUUUGUUUCACUAACAGUUACAGUUUCAGCUCAGUCAGGAUGUUUUGCACGAGCAGUGAUGGAGAACGAUGUACCUGUGAGGGAGGUUUAUCCAGCUCAUGUUUAUGGUCGGACGAACAUAGAGGAGAUUUUUUAGCCUUGUAGAUCCAUAAAAGAGAUUAUUAUCAGUAGAUCUCCACAGAUUUUGACUGUGUCAAAUGCUUCAAAUGACGGAUUCCAAGAUAAUUUCAAAAUAAUUCUCUUCGCUGCCUUUUAAAACUUCAUUAUCCUCACAGCUCUCACAGUGAUGACACAGACUCUGCUCUGCCUUACUGCUUGCUGAAAAAGCAGUACAGGUUCAGACGUGUGUGUACGUGUUUAGACAUCUUUGUGAGGACAGAAAGUUUGCCAUGCCACUAUACUUGUGGGGACCAACAGUCACUCCCCAUGAGUUUAAAGACAUGUUUGAGGUCAGGGUCACAGUUAGGUUAUGGUUAGGUUUAGGCUCAGCGUUAGUUCAUGUUUGAUGGUUAGGUUAAGCUGCAAGAGAAAACAUUAUUUCAGUUAAUGUCCUCACUAAGAUGUGAAAACGAGUGUGUGUGUGUGUGUGUGUGUGUGUGUGUAUAUAUUGUGACUUCCAGUCAUCAAC